GAUGGAUAUUGAUAAAAAUGCAAAAUGCAACAGCCACGGGUUCAAUGAAGUGUUAAAAAUAUCCUUAGAGAGAGAGAGAGAGAGAGAGAGAGAGAUGGAAGGGGGCAAGGGGACAGUAUGCGUUACUGGUGGAACAGGGUACGUUGCUUCAUGGAUGAUCAAGAAGCUCCUUGAGGAGGGUUACAGUGUCCGAACUACAAGCCGAUCUUACCCUGCAUCUAAUUGUGCAUACGGUUAUCCUGUCUUAGACCCCACGAAAGAUCUAAGCUACCUCACGAGCCUCCCCGGCGCCUCUGAAAGGCUCCAAAUUUUCGACGCGGAUCUUGCCCGGCCGGAGAGUUUCAGAUCAGCCGUGGAAGGGUGCAUAGGAGUCUUCCAUGUUUUUGGAGGUUCGUACAGGAUAUCAAAAACACUGACUGAGAAGGCAGCUCUGGAGUUUGCUGAGAAGAAUGGCCUUGACCUUGUCUCUGAAAACAAAUCAUCACACGGAUUUUCAGUUCGUCAAUCUUUUUCUGUUUUCGAAAACAAUUACAAACAGAAGGAGUCUCUGCAAUUAAACUCUAAGCUAUCACGCAAUGAAGAUGAAUACCAGCAAUUGUUUAAAAUAAACAUGGUGCACGUUGAUGACGUGGCAGCCGCCCACAUCUUCCUCCUCCAUUACCCUGAAGCAAAAGGGCGAUAUAUUUGUUCUUCAGUUGGACUAACCUUCAAGAAAAUGUCUGAAUUUCUCUCAGCCAGAUACCCACAAUACUCUGUACCAACUCCUGAGGAUAAAAAUACUUGUGCCUUGUGGACCAAACCAAACAAGCCUUUUAAUCAUCAACUCCCUCUCCAUGGUUUCAGCAGCUCCUUGAAAGGAAGGGAGAAGUUGUCGUAUCCCAGCGUCUCCUCGAAGAAGCUCCUGGACACAGGGUUCCAGUACAAGUACGGCCUUGACGAAAUCUAUGAUCAGGCAGUUGAAUGCUGCAAAGAAAAGGGUUUCCUU